AUGGAUGAAGUGGGAAAAGCCAAGAAAGAAAUUAAAAAGAACAAGGACUCUUCAUUCCAAGACGGACCCAUAUCUUCCCCUUACCCUCUGAACAGUGACAGAGAAGGAUUCCCCCAGUCGUCGUUGCACAUGUUUACGCUACUCCGUCAGGCUGGGCCUGAAACCCAAGCCAUUUCAAGAGCUGCGGAAGCUCAGGAAAUAGUUCUGCAUUCAAUAAAGGCGAAAGCAGCCAAAAGAGUAAAGAAGGGCCUGAAAACAGAUGGUCCUACUUUAGAGGAAAUUGAGGCUAUUGCCAACCUCUCUGGCUGUCCUCCUCCAACAAAGUCAAAUAUUUGCCCCAACGGCUGUCUGUCUGAAAAGUACCGGACGAUUUCUGGAAUCUGCAAUAACAGACUUAGUCCAUUAUGGGGAGCAGCCAAUACUGCACUGACACGGUGGCUCCCAGCAGAGUAUGAGGAUGAAGAGGGUCAACCCAAGGGCUGGAACCCGGAGCACUUACAAAAUGGCUUUCGGUUACCUCUCGUGCGGGAAGUCAGCAACAAAAUUAUGCAGAGAUCAAGCAAGCGUGUCUCGGAGGAUGAUGCAUAUUCCCAGAUGCUGGUGGACUGGGGCCAGUACAUCGACCAUGACAUUUCAUUCACUCCACAGUGUAUAGUCAAGGCUGCUUCUUUUGGAGGACUGGACUGUCUAGAAACCUGUGAAAACAUUAAUCCCUGCUUCCCGAUUAAGAUUCCCCCGAAUGACAAACUGUCUGGGAAAAGAAGCUGUCUGCCGUUCUUCCGCUCUUCUCCUGCCUGUAUUACUCUGCACACGGAUGGUAAAGACCCCCCAGUGAGGCCACAGCGGCAGCAGAUGAACGCCAUCACAUCCUUCCUGGACGCUUCCACAGUCUACGGCCACACGCCGGCCCUGGAAGGCCUGCUCCGUAACCUGUCCAGUCCGGAGGGCCUGCUCGCUGUCAACACCCGUAUCUCCGAUGGGGGCUUCCCAUACUUACCCUUUGUCCCCAACACCCCCUCGGGAUGCCUCCAGGAUCCGGGCGACCUGUGGGGCGAGAGGGUGGAGUGCUUUUUGGCAGGAGACAGCAGAGUCAGCGAGAUCCUGCCGCUGUCUGCCUUGCACACACUGUGGCUGAGGGAGCACAAUCGUAUCGCCGCCGGCCUGAAAGAGCUCAACGGUCACUGGGGCCACGAGCAAAUCUACCAAGAAGCCCGGAAAAUUGUCGGCGCUUUACAUCAGGUCAUAACUUUCAGGGAUUAUGCCCCAAAGAUUCUUGGAAGAGAGGCUUUUGAGAAAUACGUCGGGGUUUACGGAGGAUACAACCGGUCCAUCAACCCCACGGUAUCCAACGUAUUUGCCACAGCUGCCUUUCGCUUUGGCCAUGCCACCAUCCCAGCCAUGGUGCUGCGGCUCAAUGAGAGCUUUCAGAAACACCAGCUCUACUCCCCUGUGCGUCUACAUGAGACUUUCUUCAGUCCAUGGAGACUUGUUAAAGAAGGCGGACUGGAUCCCAUUCUUAGAGGACUGCUGGGAAGGCCAGCAAUAGCAGUGACAACAGACCACUUGAUGACAGAGGAGCUGACAGAGAGGCUAAUAGUUCUCUCAAGCCCUGGAGAUCUGGACCUCACAGCCCUUAAUUUGCAACGUGGUCGCGACCACGGGCUCCCUGGCUACAGUAAAUGGAGGGAAUUCUGUGGAUAUGAAAGUAUACAGACACAAGCUGAACUCAGCACAGUUAUAAGUGACGCCAGUUUGGUUCAGAAGAUAAUGGAGUUGUACAAACAUCCCAGCAACAUCGACGUGUGGCUGGCCGGACUGGCAGAGGAUCUCUUGCCUGGUGCCAGGACAGGGCCUCUCUUUGCAUGCUUAAUUGGGAAGCAGCUGAAAAUGCUUCGAGAAGGUGACAGGUUCUGGUGGGAGAAUGAGGGCAUAUUUACAGAUGCUCAGAGGGCAGAAAUCCAAGGGCAUUCUCUUUCUCGGGUAAUUUGUGACAACAGUGGACUGAACGAAGUCCCCGCUGAUCCCUUUAGAUUGAGACAAUACCCAAAAGACUUUCAGUUCUGUAAGAACUUACCCACCAUGAAUCUGAAGGCUUGGCAAGAAGAUCUCAGCAAAGAGCUGAUGCCCUGUGGUUCUCCUGCUGAGCUAGAAAAUGGGGAUUUUGUGUUUUGUUCCAUAUCUGGCAAAUUGGUGGCUGUUUACUCCUGUCGCCAUGGGUAUAGCCUGGAAGGCCAGGAGGAAAUUCUCUGCACGGAAAGUGGCUGGAGCAGCCAACCUCCCAUCUGCAAAGGUAAGUGA